GUUCGUCAGCUCCUUUCUAGUACAGUUUUCUGAUCUACGUUCACUGACUCUGCAGAUAGUCGGCUGUGUGCUGCAGUUAUGGACGCUAAGACUCUUUUAUGAUAUUUCCUGAUCUCACGCUUGUGAGAGAGCACACAUACGUCCUUCACAUAAUCCUACCGAAAUAGUAUUUUCUAGGCAGAGAUAUCUGGUCCUAAACCUUUCGUGCCGCAAUGCUUCCGUUUCAAGGCGGCGCGAAGGCGUCCAGCGGGUCGGGCUUCAGCGAUCUGACGCCGCGACGCCAGCCGCUCUUCAUCCGCACGCGGCAACGGCAGACGCCGCGUGGAUCGGACGGUCGAUACGAACCGGCGGCUCACCAGCACAAUCCGAACCGUACGUUAGCCUCCACAACCACAACCGCGUUUCAACAGCAACAGUCGUUCCAGCCGCAUCCGCCGCCGCAGCACGCGGCGAUUCAAACGCAGCAGAACCAAGCUUUCAUCCAACCGGCUCAGUACCAACCACAACAGCAGCAGCAGCAGCGGCAGCAGCAACACCAGUGGUCGUGGCAGCAGCAGCCGCAAUACCAACAGCAUCAGCAGCCGCAGCAGCAGCAACAGCAGCAACACUACCAGCAGCAGCAGCAGCAGCAAGACGAUGGGGUGUUCAGGUUCGGUGCGGGAGGGCAUCAGAGCGGUAAUCAGGGGCUCGGACCGGCGAAGUCGACGCUGUGGUCGUGGAGCAAGGCCAUGUGGAGUGACCCCAAGCAAUGGCCGCACGUGUACGAGGGAUGCCAGGAUCGCAUUGGGGAGGACCCAAGGGCCAUGGCUCCACGAACUGACCUCCACACGUGUACUCUGGUGCCCCGCAUUGGCAAGCGCAAGACAGUGACGGUGUCGACGACAGUGAAGAAGGGCGACUGCCUGUGGGGCAUCAGCAGGCAUCUGACAGGCACGGGAACGAACUGGAAGGACAUAGUGAACGAGAACCGGCACUACUUCAAGAAGGCUCGAUUUGACAGCCCAAUUGACGAUGAUCUCUUCAUCAUCCAGCCAGGCUGGAAGCUCAAAAUGCCUGUCACCGCGCCGCCUCCUCCUGAAGAUUAAAUUCGUUAACAUCUGACAUGAGUUUUGGAACCAGUUCGGUACUUGCUGCCCUAAAGCCAACUGCAAAUUGGCAAUGGCGAAUCUUAAUAAUUGCCCCAAGCUGGCCUGAACUCAUGGCCUGCAAUUUAGAGACUCACGACCUUAUAUUGUUUCCAUUCAUGAAAUUCCUUGUCAAUCAUCAUACUGGGAAUCUAGCA